GCUCGCGCGCUGCGCGGACUCUCCGGACUGGCCGGCGAGAUGGCCUCGGAAGUGGUGUGCGGGCUCAUCUUCAGGCUGCUGCUGCCCCUCUGCCUGGCAGUCGCGUGUGCUUUCCGAUACAAUGGGCUCUCGUUUGUCUACCUUAUCUACCUCUUGCUCAUUCCUCUGUUCUCAGAACCAACAAAAGCAACAAUGCAAGGACAUACGGGACGGCUGUUAAAGUCUCUGUGCUUCACCAGUCUCUCCUUCCUGUUGCUGCACAUCGUUUUCCACAUCACACUGGCCAGCCUCGAAGCUCAACACCAUAUCGCACCUGGUUAUAACUGCUCAACCUGGGAAAAGACAUUUCGGCAGAUCGGCUUUGAAAGCUUAAAGGGAGCUGACGCUGGCAAUGGAAUCAGAGUGUUCGUGCCUGAUAUCGGGAUGUUCUUUGCUAGUCUGACCAUCUGGCUCGUCUGUAAAAACAUUGUUCAGAAACCAGUGACAGAAGACACAGCACAAUAUAACCUGGAAUUUGAAAAUGGAGAAUUGACUGGAGGAGAAAAAAUAGAUUCAGAGGAGGCAUUGAUAUAUGAAGAUGAUUCAGAUGGAGGCAAUGGUGUUGAAGGCGACUUGGAAGAAAGCACAAGAUUAAAAUUGUUCCGUAGGCUUGCCUCUGUAGCUUCGAAGCUGAAGGAGUUUAUUGGCAACAUGAUAACCACUGCUGGGAAAGUUGUGGUGACGAUUCUACUUGGUUCAUCAGGUAUGAUGUUGCCAUCUUUGACCUCAUCUGUGUAUUUCUUUGUGUUUUUGGGUCUAUGCACCUGGUGGUCCUGGUGCCGGACUUUUGACCCAUUGCUCUUCAGCUGUCUCUGUGUUCUGCUGGCUAUUUUCACUGCUGGACACUUGAUCGGGCUUUACUUAUACCAGUUCCAAUUCUUUCAAGAAGCAGUUCCACCCAAUGACUACUAUGCAAGGUUAUUUGGUAUCAAAUCAGUCAUUCAGACGGACUGCUCCAGCACCUGGAAGAUCAUAGUUAACCCAGACCUGUCCUGGUACCACCAUGCCAACCCCAUCCUUCUCUUGGUGAUGUACUACACUCUGGCCACCCUCAUCCGCAUCUGGCUGCAGGAGCCCCUGGUACAGGACGAGGGGACCAAGGAAGAGGACAGAACCUUGGCUUGUAGCCCCAUCCAAAUCACAGCUGAGAGACGGCGGAGCCUGUGGUAUGCAACCCAUUACCCAACCGAUGAGCGAAAACUUUUAUCCGUGACCCAAGAUGACUACAAACCAUCUGAUGGCCUGCUGGUGACCGUGAACGGCAAGCCGGUGGACUACCACACCAUCCACCCGCAGCUCCCGAGGGAGAACGGGCCGGCCAAGGCCGACGUGUACUCCACGCCGCAGUACCGCUGGGACACCAGCGCCCAGGCCGCAGAAAAGAAAGAGGAAGAAGAGGACAAGGAAGAAGAAUUUGAAAAGGAAAGGAGCCAUGAGGAAAAGAGAAGCAUCAAAGUUCACGCCAUGGUCUCUGUGUUCCAGUUUAUUAUGAAGCAGAGUUACAUCUGUGCUCUUAUUGCUAUGAUGGCUUGGAGUAUUACCUACCACAGCUGGUUGACGUUUGUGUUGUUGAUUUGGUCGUGUGCUCUUUGGAUGAUUCGCAACAGAAGGAAAUAUGCAAUGAUCAGUUCUCCUUUCAUGGUUGUCUACGGGAAUCUCCUGCUGGUAUUACAGUAUAUAUGGAGCUUUGAACUUCCUGAAAUUAAAAAGGUCCCAGGGUUUUUAGAAAAGAAGGAGCCAGGAGAGCUUGCCUCAAAGAUUCUUUUCACGAUUACCUUUUGGCUACUGCUGAGGCAGCAUCUCACAGAGCAGAAAACUCUUCGACAAAAGGAGGCUCUUUUAUCUGAAGUCAAAAUUGGAAGUCAGGAAAAUGAAGAAAAAGAUGAUGAGCUACAAGGUAUAGAAGUAGAAGGUGAGUCCAAAGAGAAGGAGGAAGAAGAGGAAGCAAAGGAAGAGAAGCAAGAAAGAAAGAAAGAAGAGGAAGAGGAAGGAGAGGAAGAAGAUGACCAGGACAUCAUGAAAGUCCUGGGAAAUUUGGUGGUAGCCAUGUUCAUUAAGUACUGGAUUUAUGUCUGUGGAGGCAUGUUCUUCUUUGUCAGCUUUGAGGGUAAAAUCGUAAUGUACAAAAUCAUCUACAUGGUGCUGUUCCUAUUCUGUGUGGCCUUGUAUCAGGUGCACUAUGAAUGGUGGAGGCGAAUUCUAAAAUACUUUUGGAUGUCAGUGGUUAUUUACACUAUGCUGGUGCUUAUUUUUAUCUACACGUAUCAGUUUGAAAACUUCCCAGGCCUGUGGCAAAAUAUGACUGGGUUGAAAAAAGAAAAGCUUGAGGAUCUCGGCUUAAAACAGUUUACUGUGGCUGAACUUUUCACUCGCAUAUUCAUCCCCACCUCCUUCCUGCUAGUGUGCAUUUUGCACCUCCACUACUUCCAUGACCGGUUUCUUGAACUCACAGACCUCAAGUCCAUUCCCAGCAAAGAAGACAGCACCAUCUACAGACUGGCUCAUCCCGAAGGCAGCCUUCCUGACCUGGCCAUGAUGAACCUGACCGCCAGCCUGGAGAAGCAGGAGGGGAAGAGAGCAGAGGAACCCGGAGAGAAGACCCCAGGGGGUGGCUCGGAGAACACAGAGAAGGGCCAGCCUGGGAAAGACAGUGAGGAGGAUGAGGAGGGUGAGGCUGAAGAGGAGGACUCAGAGGAGGAGGAAGAAACGUCAGACCUGAAGAACAAAUGGCACCUGGUGAUCGACCGCCUCACCGUGCUCUUCCUGAAGUUCCUGGAGUACUUUCACAAGCUGCAGGUGUUCAUGUGGUGGAUUUUGGAGCUGCACAUCAUCAAAAUUGUCUCAUCGUACAUUAUCUGGGUUACUGUGAAAGAGGUGUCUCUGUUCAACUAUGUAUUUUUGAUUUCUUGGGCUUUUGCUCUGCCAUAUGCCAGGCUGCGCCGUCUGGCUUCAAGUGUCUGCACUGUCUGGACCUGUGUGAUCAUUGUCUGCAAAAUGUUGUACCAGCUCCAAACCAUUAAGCCUGAGAACUUUUCUGUUAACUGUUCCUUGCCAAAUGAAAAUCAGACGAACAUAGACCUCGACCAGUUGAACACUUCGAUACUCUACAACGCUCCCAUCGACCCCACAGAGUGGGUUGGCCUGAGGAAGUCUUCCCCCUUGCUUGUCUACCUGAGGAAUAAUCUCCUGAUGCUAGCUAUUCUGGCCUUUGAAGUUACGAUUUACCGACAUCAGGAAUACUAUAGAGGUCGAAACAACCUUACAGCCCCUGUGUCUAAAACCAUCUUUCAUGACAUCACAAGACUACACCUAGAUGAUGGCCUUAUUAAUUGUGCCAAAUAUUUCAUAAAUUACUUCUUCUACAAGUUUGGCUUGGAGACGUGUUUCCUGAUGUCAGUUAAUGUGAUCGGUCAGCGAAUGGAUUUCUACGCCAUGGUCCACGCCUGCUGGCUGAUUGCAGUCUUGUAUCGGCGCAGAAGAAAAGCUAUCGCCGAGAUCUGGCCCAAGUAUUGCUGCUUUCUGGCGUGUAUCAUCACGUUCCAGUACUUCGUCUGUAUCGGCAUCCCACCUGCUCCCUGCAGAGAUUACCCAUGGCGGUUCAAGGGUGCCAGCUUUAACAACAACAUCAUCAAAUGGCUCUACUUCCCUGACUUCAUUGUGCGGCCCAACCCUGUGUUUCUCGUCUAUGACUUCAUGCUGCUUCUGUGUGCCUCCCUACAAAGGCAGAUUUUUGAGGAUGAAAAUAAGGCUGCAGUGCGCAUCAUGGCGGGUGACAAUGUGGAGAUUUGCAUGAACCUUGAUGCAGCCUCAUUUAGCCAACAUAACCCAGUACCAGACUUCAUUCACUGCAGGUCUUACUUAGACAUGUCCAAAGUGAUUAUCUUCAGCUACCUCUUCUGGUUUGUCCUCACUAUCAUCUUCAUUACGGGAACUACCAGGAUCAGCAUCUUCUGCAUGGGUUACUUGGUGGCCUGUUUCUACUUCCUGCUCUUUGGGGGUGAUUUGCUGCUGAAACCCAUCAAGAGCAUCCUGCGCUAUUGGGACUGGCUGAUUGCAUACAACAUUUUUGUGAUCACGAUGAAAAAUAUACUGUCAAUCGGAGCAUGCGGAUACAUUGAGAACUUGGUUCACAACAGUUGCUGGUUGAUCCAAGCAUUCAGCUUGGCCUGCACAGUCAAAGGCUACAAAAUGCCUGAUGAUGACUCAUCAUGUAAACUGCCCAGUGGGGAGGCAGGAAUUAUCUGGGACAGCAUAUGUUUUGCCUUCCUCCUGCUGCAAAGAAGGGUGUUUAUGAGUUACUAUUUCCUACAUGUUGUGGCUGACAUAAAGGCCUCGCAGAUCCUGGCAUCGAGAGGAGCUGAACUUUUCCAGGCCACAAUUGUAAAGGCUGUAAAGGCAAGAAUUGAGGAAGAGAAAAAGUCCAUGGACCAGCUGAAGAGACAGAUGGAUCGCAUCAAGGCCAGGCAACAGAAGUACAAAAAGGGUAAAGAGAGAAUGCUGAGCUUGACCCAGGAGUCGGGGGAAGGCCAGGAUACCCAAAAGCUCUCCGAAGAUGAUGAUGACAGAGAAGCAGACAAACAGAAAGCCAAGGGCAAAAAAAAGCAGUGGUGGCGGCCUUGGGUUGAUCAUGCUUCCAUGGUCAGAAGUGGAGAUUAUUAUUUGUUUGAAACGGAUAGUGAAGAGGAAGAAGAGGAAGAAUUAAAAAAAGAAGAAGAAGAACCUCCAAGAAGGUCAGCGUUCCAGAGAGCUAUUGGGAAGUUUGCAUCAGCCAUUUUAGCCUUGCCAAAGUCUGUCAUUAAACUUCCCAAAACUAUUCUUCAGUAUUUAAUCAGAGCUGCAAAGUUUGUUUAUCAAGCCUGGAUAACUGAUCCUAAAACAGCCCUCCGACAGAGACGCAAAGAGAAAAAAAGGUCUGCCCGAGAACAGCAGAAGCGACGGAGGACAGGAUCUGGGGAGGGUCCUGUGGAAUGCGAAGGCCGAGAGGAUCAACCAAUCAAAAAGAAAUCUGAUGGGCCAGAUAACAUCAUCAAGAGGAUAUUUAAUAUUUUGAAAUUUACCUGGGUCCUGUUUCUGGCAACGGUGGAUAGUUUCACUACUUGGCUAAACUCCAUUUCAAGGGAGCAUAUUGAUAUAUCCACAGUUCUGAGAAUUGAAAGAUGCAUGCUGACCAGAGAAAUUAAAAAGGGCAACGUUCCAACUCGGGAGAGCGUCCACAUGUACUACCAGAACCACAUCAUGAACCUUUCCCGGGAGUCGGGCCUGGACACCAUCGACGAGGCCCCCGGUGCUGCUGCCGAGUUGCAGGCAGCCCAAAGGAUGGACAGUCUAGAUUCUCAUGACAGUAUCUCCAGCUGCUACACUGAAGCAACCAUGCUGUUCUCAAGGCAGUCUACCCUUGAUGAUUUAGAUGGACCAGACACUGUUCCUAAAACCAGUGAGCGGGCUCGACCUAGGCUCCGUAAAAUGUUCAGCAUGGAUGCGUCCUCGUCAUCAGCUGACAGUGGCAGUUUAGCAUCAAGCGAGCCCACGCAGUGCACCAUGCUGUACUCCCGCCAGGGGACCACGGAGACCAUCGAGGAAGUGGAGGCCGAGCAAGAAGAGGAGCUGGUGGGCCCGGCGCCUGAGCUCGAGGAUGCGGACGAUGAGUAUGAGGCUGAGGAUGAGGCGGGGGCCGAGGAGGUCUCCCUCACCCCUGACGCCGAGUUGCCACAGUACUCCACCAUGGAUGGGGAUGUGGAGGCACCACCGUCCUACAGCAAGGCUGUCAGCUUUGAGCGCCUCUCGUUUGGCUCACAGGAGGACUCCACAGGCAAGAACCUCAUGGCGGUUAGCCCGGACGACAGCCGCACAGACAGAAUGGAGUCGAGCGUCUUACCUCCCUUGACACAUGAGCUGACAGCCAGUGAGCUGCUUCUGAACAAGAUGUUUCGUGACGAUGAGCUAGAAGAGUCAGAAAAGUUCUAUGUUGCCCAGCCGCGAUUCUUGCUGCUUUUUUACGCCAUGUACAACACUCUAGUGGCCCGCUCAGAAAUGGUGUGCUAUUUCGUGAUCAUUCUCAACCACAUGGUCUCUGCCUCCAUGAUCACCCUCGUGCUCCCCAUCCUUAUCUUCCUUUGGGCCAUGCUGUCUGUCCCAAGGCCCAGCAGGCGGUUCUGGAUGAUGGCCAUUGUCUACACAGAGGUGGCAAUCGUGGUCAAAUAUUUCUUCCAAUUUGGGUUCUUUCCCUGGAAUAAGAACUUGGAACUGUACAAAGAUAAGCCUUACCACCCACCAAAUAUCAUAGGAGUGGAAAAGAAGGAAGGCUAUGUCCUUUAUGACCUCAUUCAGCUCCUGGCUCUGUUCUUCCAUCGAUCAAUUCUGAAGUGUCAUGGUUUGUGGGAUGAAGAUGACAUCAUCGAGGGUGGCACCAACAAGGACGAAUCAGAAGACGAGCUCUCACUCAGUCACGGCAGAAGGGACUCCUCUGACUCCCUGAAGUCCAUCAACCUGGCAGCCUCGGUGGAAUCAGUGCACGUACACUUCCCGGAGCAGCAGACGGCCAUCCGGAGGGAGAGCUCCAGCUGCAGCUCUCAGGCGUCCCAGACCUCCAACUUUUCCUCAAACAAGUCCAAAAGAGGCAGCACAAGUACCCGAAAUAGCAGUCAAAAAGGAAGCAGUGUUUUGAGCAUUAAGCAAAAAAGCAAAAGGGAACUCUAUAUGGAAAAAUUUCGGGAACAUUUCAUCAAAGCAAAAGCAUUUACCAUAAAAAAGACUCUGCAAAUAUAUGUGCCUAUCAGACAGUUCUUUUAUGACCUCAUCCACCCAGACUACAGCGCCGUGACCGAUGUAUAUGUGCUCAUGUUCCUGGCGGACACUGUCGACUUCAUCAUCAUUGUCUUUGGCUUCUGGGCCUUUGGGAAACACUCGGCAGCAGCAGAUAUCACCUCUUCACUCUCGGAGGACCAGGUACCAGGGCCAUUCCUGGUAAUGGUCCUCAUUCAGUUUGGAACCAUGGUGGUGGACCGGGCUCUGUACCUAAGGAAGACUGUGUUGGGAAAGGUCAUUUUCCAGGUCAUUCUUGUGUUUGGAAUCCACUUCUGGAUGUUCUUCAUCUUACCUGGUGUGACUGAGAGGAAAUUCAGCCAGAAUCUGGUUGCUCAGCUUUGGUAUUUUGUGAAAUGUGUUUACUUCGGAUUAUCUGCCUACCAAAUCCGUUGUGGCUACCCAACACGAGUGCUUGGAAACUUCCUCACAAAGAGCUACAAUUAUGUCAACCUCUUCUUGUUUCAAGGGUUCCGCCUUGUUCCAUUUUUGACUGAGUUGAGAGCUGUGAUGGACUGGGUAUGGACAGACACGACCCUGAGCCUUUCCAGCUGGAUUUGUGUGGAGGACAUUUAUGCUCACAUAUUUAUCCUGAAGUGUUGGCGAGAAUCGGAAAAAAGGUACCCUCAGCCCCGGGGACAGAAAAAGAAGAAGGUGGUGAAGUACGGCAUGGGUGGCAUGAUCAUCGUCCUACUGAUUUGUAUUGUAUGGUUUCCUCUUCUCUUCAUGUCCUUGAUCAAAUCUGUUGCUGGAGUGAUCAACCAGCCCCUGGACGUCUCUGUCACAAUCACCCUGGGAGGAUAUCAGCCUAUUUUCACCAUGAGUGCCCAACAAAGCCAGCUGAAAGUUAUGGACCAGCUAAAGUUUAAUAAAUUUUUGCAUACUUUUUCUAAGGACACAGGUGCUAUGCAAUUUCUAGAAAAUUAUGAAAAAGAAGACAUAACUGUAGCAGAACUCGAAGGAAACUCAAAUUCUUUGUGGACCAUCAGCCCUCCCAGUAAGCAGAAAAUGAUACACGAACUCAUGGACCCCAAUAGUAGCUUCUCUGUUGUGUUUUCGUGGAGUAUUCAGAGAAAUAUGAGUCUGGGUGCAAAAGCAGAAAUAGCAACAGAUAAGCUUUCUUUUCCUCUUAAAAAUAUCACUCGAGAGAACAUAGCUAAAAUGAUAGCUGGCAACAACACAGAAAGCUCAAAAACACCAGUGACUAUAGAAAAGAUCUACCCGUAUUAUGUGAAAGCACCUAGUGAUUCUAACUCCAAACCCAUAAAGCAACUUUUAUCUGAAAAUAAUUUCAUGAAUAUCACCAUCAUUUUAUCCAGAGACAAUACAACUGAAUCUAAUAGUGAGUGGUGGGUUCUCAACCUGACGGGAAACAGAAUAUACAACCAGCAUGCUCAGGCCUUGGAGCUGGUGGUCUUCAAUGACAAAGUCAGCCCCCCUAGUCUUGGGUUUCUGGCUGGCUAUGGUAUCAUGGGAUUAUACGCUUCAGUUGUCCUUGUGAUUGGGAAGUUUGUCCGUGAAUUCUUCAGUGGGAUUUCUCACUCCAUCAUGUUUGAAGAGCUUCCAAAUGUGGAUCGAAUUUUGAAAUUGUGCACAGAUAUUUUUUUAGUUCGAGAGACAGGGGAACUGGAACUAGAGGAAGACCUCUAUGCCAAAUUAAUAUUCCUGUACCGCUCACCAGAAACAAUGAUCAAAUGGACUAGAGAAAAGACAGAUUGAUAUCUUAGGACAAAGACAGCACAUAAAGUUGACAUGUGAAUUUUCAAAAAAAGCACAAUAUUCUUAUAAGAGCAAAGCAUUUUCUAGUUCAAUGGAAAUGGCUUCUCUUCUGACAGGUGGCCAAAGGAGUUCCCUUCCUUUUGGAACAAAAGCUACCUUGCAAGUUAAGGCUCUGCUAAAGUUCUUUGUAAUUCAAUUUCUCCGAAAGAAAUCAGGGUUACUUGCUUUGUUUUAGUCAGCAGUGUCUUGCAUUCUGAUUGACUACAUGAAAGAAUCACUUGUGGCCCCCUUCCUCAGAAAAAGCAGAACAGGAGGAGCUACGAGAAGGAAAGGUGCCCCAUGUUGCACUCUGCUGGAGCUGCACCUUUCUGAAAGAUGCCAUCACGCCAUAGAUGCAAUAGACAGCUCUCCAUCUCCAAGUGGGAAGCUGCUGUGAUGGAGCUCCGAGAGCCUUCAGCACACCCACAACGCCAACAGCAAUAGGAGGCUGAACACUCUGAGGGUGGGGAGACAGGGUCCAGGACCCGUCAGGACGCCAGUGGAAGGAAAAGCCUCACUCUAAGCAAAAAGAUAACAAUUAAUGAUACUCUUACUGCCUUAUCUUAACUGAAGACUAAUUAGACAUCUUUCCAUUAAAUACCAGUGACUUCUCAGGAAAAAUAAAAGCAGCAAAACAACUCUGUGGACACCUGGCUCUUGGAGGCCCAACUAGUGACUUGCUUCAAUGACGGUGUUCUGCUUCAGAGAGUUACAGCUCCUCAUGAAACAUAAACAUGAGACAAACAAAGGAAAAACCGCCACCCCAGCUGCAUUUGGAACUGACUUUGUAACUCUUUAAUAACUGAGGUCACGAUCGCUCUUCUGCCUUCUCCCCACCCCUCAACAUGCUUUUUCCCAUGUCGAUGAUUUAAGGCAAAGAUUUUUCCAGUAUGUGACGUUUUCCUUCCUAUUUUUCAGGUAUAUCAAAGAGUUUACAUAUUCCAAUUCACAUUUUUACAUCUGAGACGGGUUUUUUAAGUUCAUAAUUAAGAAAGAAAUAUGUAUAUUGAGCUUGGGGAAAUAAAAAUGGCAUUUUCUUAAAUUAUUGAUAAUACCACAUCUUCAUUAAAUAACAAUGUAGCAUGAAAAAUUUAUGAUUGAAAUGUAGUUUUGAUUCCAUAUUAAAAUACAGUUUCUGAGAAGAAUCAUUGAAUGGGCUAGAAUACGUUUAAAAAUGAUGCUGUGUCGUUUGGGUUCAGGAAUGACUUAAAAUAAAGCACAUGUUGCAAAGUCA